AUGAUAUCUCGAGCGGCGGCUCCCUCGCCUUCCUCAAUCGCCAACCUCUCCUCCCGCUCUCUCCGCGUUCAGGGUUCGGCUGCCCGCUCCUUCGCCACUGUCCAGGACAACGCACCCCCCGUACGGCAUCAUGGCGGCCUGCGGGACCAGGACCGGAUAUUCACGAACCUCUACGGACAUCAUGGCGCUGAUUUGAAGUCGGCAAUGAAGUUUGGAGACUGGCACAGGACUAAGGACAUUGUUUUGAAGGGCCAUGACUGGCUGAUUUCCGAGAUCAAGGCCUCUGGUCUGCGUGGUCGUGGUGGUGCUGGUUUCCCCUCGGGUCUGAAAUAUUCUUUCAUGAACUUCAAAGACUGGGAUAAGGACCCCAGACCCCGAUACCUGGUUGUCAAUGCCGACGAGGGUGAACCGGGCACAUGCAAGGACCGUGAGAUCAUGCGCAAGGAUCCCCACAAGCUGAUUGAGGGUUGUCUCGUUGUCGGUCGUGCGAUGAACGCCAACGCCGCCUACAUUUACAUUCGUGGUGAAUUCUACCACGAAGCAACCGUCCUGCAGCGGGCCAUCAACGAGGCCUACCAGGCUGGUCUCAUCGGCAAGAACGCCUGCGGCACGGGCUACGACUUCGAUGUUUACAUCCACCGCGGAAUGGGUGCCUAUAUCUGUGGCGAGGAGACCUCUCUCAUCGAGUCGAUCGAGGGCAAGGCCGGCAAGCCUCGUCUGAAGCCCCCAUUCCCCGCCGCCGUCGGUCUGUUCGGCUGCCCCAGCACCGUCACCAAUGUUGAGACCGUCGCCGUCUGUCCUACCAUUAUGCGUCGUGGAGCCAGCUGGUUCUCCUCGUUUGGUGCCGAGCGCAACGCUGGUACGAAGCUGUUCUGUAUUUCUGGCCACGUCAACAACCCCUGCACGGUCGAGGAGGAGAUGUCCAUCCCUCUGCGUGAGCUGAUCGACCGUCACUGCGGUGGUGUGCGUGGCGGUUGGGACAACCUCCUCGCCGUCAUCCCCGGCGGUUCCUCCACCCCCGUCAUCCCCAAGUCCGUCUGCGACAACCAGAUCAUGGACUUCGACUCCCUCAAGGACUCCCAGACCGGUCUGGGUACUGCCGCCGUCAUCGUCAUGGACAAGUCCACCGACAUCGUUCGCGCUAUCUCCCGUCUGUCCAAGUUCUACAAGCACGAGAGUUGCGGCCAGUGCACCCCCUGCCGCGAGGGAAGCAAGUGGACCGCACAGAUGAUGGAGCGCAUGGAGAAGGGCCAGGCCCGCGAGCGCGAGAUCGACAUGCUCCAGGAACUCACCAAGCAGGUCGAGGGCCACACCAUCUGCGCCCUGGGCGAGGCCUUCGCCUGGCCCAUCCAGGGUCUCAUCAGACACUUCCGUCCCGAGCUGGAGGCCAGAAUCAAGGAGUACGAGCGCGAGCUGGGAGCGAAGCCCUUCGCUGGUGGCUGGCACCCGAACAGCAGGGCCGAGGGCAAGUUGAUCUCCCCUGGCAUGUAA